GCACGGCGACUUCCUGUACUACAACAAUGUUUGCCCGACUCCAGCGAUGAGGGGCAAUGACGGUGGCGCGCCUUCAGCUUAUUCCAGUGUUUGCAGUCGUCGCUAGAUAGUCUACGGAUCUGGAUGUAAUUUUACUUCUAGUGUUCUUUGUACUACAUUGACGGUUGAUGAAUAGAUGAGAAGUUUUCUUAAAAAAAGAAAACCACACCGUACCAAACGUCGCCGCCGCCGCCCGCCGGCGAUGUAGCUGCUGUCGCCGCUCCAAGCGCCCCCUCCUCUGCCUCCCCACGACCCCUCCGCUUCAUGGGCCGCCGCCUCGCCGUCGUCUGCUUCGUGGGCGGCGCUCCUCGCGGACCGGAUCCUCGACGCCCCCGUGUUCUCCCCCGGCGGCUCGGCCAGGACCCUCGCCGGGGGCGUCAGGUCCCACCGCGACGGGGACAAGAGAAUUUUGUUCCUGCGCCUCGCGCCGCUGCCGGUACCAGCGGCGGCGACCACGUUCUCGGUGGUGGAAUGCUUCUUUACUCCUCUGCUCCUUUGGCAUUGUGUACAAGAAAGGAAUAGAGAGAGAGAGAGAGAGUGAGAUGAUGGGCUAUAGCUAGCUCUCUCUCUAUAUAUAUCACAAUGAGAUUGAGAAAUCUUGCGGCAUAUAGCUGUUCCUUUCCUCCGUGGAAGGCGUUCAUCAUUCCCAGGUAGGGGAAUCAAUGACACAGGAAAACCACUUGGCAAUGAAAAGCUCGGGGCACCUGUUCAAUGAGUGGGAGAUCCGGCUAUUGGUGCUUCUUAGCUUCACAAUGCAGCUUUUUCUUUUCUUUGUCGGUGGCCUCCGGCGGCGUAUCACUAACAGUGCCCUCAGGUUUUCAAUCUGGCUAGCUUAUGUGGGAGCAGACAUGGUGUCUGUUUAUGUCCUAGGCCUCAUCUCUCGCGUUCACCUGGAUGCCACCACGGAAAAUCAUCAUCACCUGGCUUUUCUUUGGGCACCCUUCCUCCUCAUACACCUCGGCGGACAAGAUACCGUCACUGCUUUCGCCAUUGAGGACAUCAGCCUCUGGCUGAGGCACUUGUUGAACCUUGUUGUCCAAGUCUCCCUCACCCUGUAUAUCUUUUGGAAAUCGACCAAUGGUCUGAAUAUACAGGAGCUUCUUCUUCCAACCAUCCUCCUGUUUGUUUCGGGAAUGAUCAAGUAUGGGGAGAGAACAUGGGCUUUGUGUUGUGGCAGCCUCAUAAACAUCGCAGAGUUCCCUAUCCCACAAUAUCUGACAGAUUUAGACAAGAUCCAUGUGGGUUCUACUUCUUCCUAUUCUGGCCUUGUUUCCAAGGCUUUGUUUUCCAUAAAAGAGGUCCGUUGGAUUUUUUCUAGUUACAGUCCUUUGGGAACAGAUCUCAGCAUGAAUUCGGAUCUACUACUUCCAGACUAUUCAGCCAAGUUAUUUGAGACCAUGGAGAUUGAACUCGGGCUGAUGUUCGAUGACAUCUAUACCAAGGCGCAGGUGCUUCGAACAUGGGGUGGCAUCAUACUUCGGUGUCUCUCAGAUAUUUCCUUCUUAGCUGCCUUUGUGCUCUUCUCUGUAAGAAACAAGGAGAGAUACAAUACCGUUGACACUGCAAUCACCUAUGUACUGUUUAUCGGCGGUUUCUCCCUGGAAGUCUUUGCAGUAUUUACCGCCAUGAUGUCACCAUGGAUUUGGGCAUGGCUAAAGACGCGUCGCUGCAGCUUCCUUUCCUCCAUCAGCAUUAGCUGGCAGAGGAGAAGGGUGCUGUGGUCAAAAUCCAUGGGUCAGUACAGCCUGUUGAACUACCUGGGACAGUGCGACCAGCAGCCAAGUAAAGUGAUGGCGGUGGUCAGAAGGUUGGUGAAUGCAGUCUGCGGGCGAAAGCAGAAGCUCUGGGUCAGUAAGCUGUUGGACACCAAGUUCGUGGAGGUCGACGAGAAGGUCAUGAGAUGCAUUGUGGAGAGGAUUAAGCAGUAUCAGUCUACAGAGGAAUCGAGCAUGCUCCCACAAUGGCCAAAUCUUGGUCCACUGCUUCAAAGGUCACUGCGGGUUCCCGAGGCGGAUUUUCAUUUCCCCGUUCUCGUCCUCCAUAUAUACACAGAGGUAAUGCUGAGUAGGUAUGCUCCCACCGCUGCUGUGGACGGUGGUUUGGACCGCGUAUGCCGGACGAUAUCCAACUACAUGGUUUACCUUUGUGCCACGCACCAUGAAAUGCUGUCGGUCCAAAACAGUUCCAACCAAAGCGACCUAGCAUACAUCCUCCACAGAUUGUUUAGCGUGGGGAAUAAUACUGACAUCACUAACAUCAUGCCUAAGGCGGUUGGGUUCUUGAUCGAUUGCCGUUUUCCGGUGCCCCCCAAGGUGUGUACAGAAGCACAUCUGUUGGAAAUCCGAGAUGCAUGGGUAGGGUUCCUCCUCCAUGCCGCCAGCAAGUCACGGCCGGAGAUGCAUGCGGCGCAGCUGGCCAGAGGAGGGGAGUUCCUCACCUUCGUUUGGCUGCUCAUGGCCCACUGCAGUCUCGGGAACUCUAGGGGCUGCCCAAUCGGGUUGCUACCUAUAAGUGGUGAUGUUCAGUGGCGCUGCGUCUUCCACAUUCGUCCUCCACCACAAUCCUCAUAGGUGCUGCACAGGCCUUUGUACGGGUUUCGACCACAGCACGCCUUUGCGUUCUCAUCGAUCGGCAUAAGCCAGGAUUCAUCCCCAUUGCGCUUGUGCGCUGCUCAAAUAAUGUGCUUCCAUCCAUAGUUCUUUUCCUAUCCUUGUCUCUUUUAACUUGCAAUGUAAUUCAGAGUAUCACUGUUUAUUUAUUCUAUGUGUUCAUGUAGACACACAACAACCACAUUAUCUUUCAUA